UUUCAGCUUAUAAAAGAGUGUAACAUACUGAAGCAUGAUUGCAAGUGCGAUCACCCCUUUUUCUUCCUGGUUCUUGAACCGAGUAAGAAAAAGAAGAAGAGGAAGAGAUGACAAAGACAGAGGGAGGAGGAGGGAGCCAACUCAAGAGAGGCUUGUGGACUGUGGAGGAGGACAAGAUCCUGAUGGACUAUGUAACAGAACAUGGAAGAGGACAGUGGAAUUCCAUAGCUAGGAGGACAGGCUUGAGAAGAUGUGGCAAGAGUUGCAGGUUGAGGUGGAUGAAUUACCUGAGCCCAGACAUCAAACGAGAUCACUUUACUGAGGAAGAAGAAGACCUCAUUGUUAGACUCCAUAAUUUGUUGGGCAACAGGUGGUCUUUGAUUGCGAAACGGGUGCCUGGUCGAACGGAUAAUCAAGUGAAGAACUACUGGAACACUUAUUUGAGCAAAAAGCUGGGCAUCAAAAAGCAAAUUUGUCAAGUCGAGAGAACAAAAUCUAGGAUCUUGCAUAUUUCUGAGAGUUCAACACAUAAGGAUUCUAUUUCAUCUUGUGCUGGCAACAGCAGGUCUUCGGAAAUGAAUGUGGACAAGAGUCCGGAAUCCCAAGAGAUGUUGGACCUGCCGGAGUUGACAAGCAGAGAAGAGUAUUCCACCCCCUCUUUCUGGGAUUUUGAAUCCGAUUUAGAGAUGAAUCUUAGCAUGAUGGAGUUUCUGGAUGGACAUUCUCUCCCUUCCUAUUAGCAUCAUCCAAGGGUAUUUUCUUAUUAGUCUAUCUGUUGAAUUUGGAGCAUGGAGCUGCUCCAAUAACCAAAUAGAUGAUUGUUCUCCUGGAAAAAUGUUGAAGCUUGCAUCGGAAGACUGAAAUCAUCAUGUGUAAGUGCAAAUUAUUUCUAAUCUUGGUUUCUUUAUCAACGGGCUGUCUUUACGCCAGUUUUAUCAAAUAAACAAUUAUAAGAAUCUUGUAUCA